GUAGUAGCUAAUCUGCUACAUGCAUGCACGUUGUGGUACAGGGAUCCUGACGGACAAGAGCGACGUGUACAGCUUCGGGGUGCUGCUGGCCGAACUUCUCACCGGAAAAAUGGCGAUAUCGUCGGAGUGCAAGGAGAAGAGCCUGGCGCUCCACUUCCUGUGCUCCCUUAAAGAAGAAUACUUGCUGGAAAUUCUAGAGGAACGAGUGAAGGAAGAAGGCGACGUGAAGCAGCUGUCGAAAGUGGCUGAGGUGGCCAGGAGCUGCCUGAAGCUGGAAGGAGACCAGAGGCCCACGAUGAAGCAAGUGCUUCAGGAGCUUCAGGAUCUGACUACAACGACGACGGAGCAUAGCUUGAUCGCCGGCGGCCCAGGAGGAGAUCAGUCUCCACCGCUAAAUACUGUCGGCCGCCGUGCUUUCGGCGAACUCAAGGCCAGAUAGCUGCGGACCGGGCCGGCCAGAGAGAUAACUGCAUGUGUUCUGAUUGUUAAUAAGGUUCUGACGAUAAAACGUUUCUUUGGUCGAAGAGACAAACCCUAGUGUAUCAAUACAUGGUUCUUAUGGCAUUUGUUGAUUAAGUGUUGACAUUGUAACUUAUUUUCCCAUGUUUUCUGUUAAACAAAUAGGCUACCCCUAUAAGUUCAUUCGUUUGAAGAUUUGCAUAGUUUUAAUGUACUUGAAUUAUUAGCUAAUAUUUAUAGCGACGUAGAAGAACAUAAAAGGUAUAGAGAUUUUCAAAGAUUAUGGUAUCUAAGAACUAGUUAACCAAAUUAAUUUGAAUUAGAAGAGAUUAGGAGAUAUUAAGAGUACGUAUCUUAUAUUAUUUUCUUACAUAUUUAUUAAUGUUGCCUUUCAACUAACUAACGCGAAUAAUUAGGGUAGUAGGCGGCAAAAAAAAAGAAUCUUUUAACUCUAACCGGUUAUCGGUCAAUAAAUAUUCUCUCACACCGAGUGGAUUCACCAAGUCCAAUUGACUCAGUUUCUUCUAUUUUUAUUCUUGUGGGGGAAAACUAAUGCUUGUGAAACUGGAGGUUAAAAAAUUAGUCGUAUGAUAUUUUGUACAAAAAUUAUAGUUUAAUCAUGAUUUAACUGUUUGACACCAUUAAAAUCAUCUACUAAUUAAAAUUCUAUCCUAGUAUUCAUAGUCCAGCCAAACUAUAGGUAAUAGGAUGCGAUUUCUAAAACAUUGAUAAACAUUCUGCCGGAUUCAUUGGGGCCGGGCGUAGCUAGACAAUACUUCAACUCAAACCGGCAAGCCGGCCUGCCGGCCGGCGUAUAUGCUCGGCACAAAGCCAACUGCUAGCUCCAAACUUAGCUUCAACCGGUAUCAAUCACAUUCCAAUUCCAAUAUAUAAUACAGAUAGAAGCCCAAUUAAAUCGCCGGCCGGCCUUGAUAAAUAAAAAUUAGCACUUAAGAACUAUCAAAAAGAUAAACAAUCUCGUUAAUUAACAACAUCCCAUAAUAAAGAAGGUCAUGAUCA